AAAAAUCGACAUUGUUUGCAUCCACAUCUAAAAAGUCAAGCCAGGAAAGCCCAUAAAACAAGAUCUGAUUUUGUGCACUGCAAGAGGAUAAGAUUUUCAAGUAUGAGUUUGAGUAAUCGCAAAUUGAAGGGCUGUUCCAUUCAUGGCAGAAGCUUGUUACAGCCCACUUCUCCAUCCAGUUCCUCUGUAAGGCACAGCACUUGGCAACCUGAUAUAGCUAUAAUAGUCUCUGUUCUGCUCUGUGUUAUUAUUCUAGUGCUUAUCUUUGCUUCUGUUUUGCGGCGCGGGAUUUUGCGGCGCCGCCGACAAAUGGCGGCUGGCGGCGUUAACAGAGGGAUGGAAAUGGAGGAUUUGAAGGUGCUUCCGACUAUGGUGUUCUCUCAAGGAUUGGAGCUCCCGGGAAAAGAGACGGGCUGCGCCAUUUGCCUGGCGGAGUUUCAACAGGGAGAAGAGCUACGUGCCUUGCCUACCUGUAACCAUGGCUUCCACGUCAGAUGCAUUGACACGUGGCUUGUCAGUAAUUCGUCUUGCCCUUCCUGUAGAAAUCAUCUCGGCACUGGGGAGCAGAAGAUCUAUGUAAAAGAGCGGGAAGUGAGUCAUAGUUUUCUGCCUUGAUGACCAAACUGAGGCGAACCUGGUAGCAGAAGUUUUGUAACGGGAAAGAUGUGAGCGUCAAAAUGUUUCUCUAUCAAUUUAUUUAUU